AUCCCUCACUGAGCCCAUUGUCUCUGCCGCCGUCACGGCUGGUACAAGGAGGGCAGAGGACAGAAGGCGGCAUUACUUUUGCCGAGGCCACAGCACAACACGAUCAUGAAUAGCCGUAUGUUAGCCGUGCUUCUAUUUGCCGUGUUUUCUUCGGCCCGCUCCUCAACCAGGAAAGUGGGUCUCGCCAGCAAAGUCCUGGUCUUCCCUUACGAGACGGAUUUCAGCUACGUGACGCUGAUGCCGCUGAAGGAAAUGGCGCUCAAGGCCUUCACGCUGUGCAUGCGCGUGGCCACCGAGCUGCCCGAAGAGCGCCAGAUCAUCCUUUUCGCCUACCGCACGGCCGACUACGAUGAGCUCAACGUGUGGCGCGAGAAAGAUGGACGCGUCUCGUUUUACAUGAGCGGAGACGGCGUUUUCUUUUCCCUCCCGCCGCUGGGCACCUUCCGCACCAGCCUGUGCCUGACCUGGGAAUCCGUCGCCGGCCUCACCGCCGUUUGGGUGGACGGGAAGCGCAGCACUUAUCAAAUAUACAAACCCGGACACGGCAUUCGUCCCGAAGGCACCGUCCUCCUCGGGCAGGACCCCGACAAACAUCUCGGCGGCUUGGAGGCCCUGCAGAGCUUUGUGGGGGAGAUGACUGAUGUGAAUAUGUGGGACUACGUCCUCUCCCGGAGCAUGAUCCAAGCCUGGCAUUACGGCCACAAGGUCCCCAAAGGCAACGUCUUUGACUGGGCCACCGUUGAUUAUGAGUUGAACGGCAAUGUCAUGGUGGUGGAAGAUGACUGACUCACCGUGAACUCCCGCGGAGGGAUAUGUGACCUCUACGGUGGAGCGCCUCUCAUAUUUGUCAUCGUCUUACUUAUAUUUUGCCUUACUUUACAAUAGCCUCCUGAUGUCGGUGGGUCUCGAAGUGGGGUCAAGGACUCAUGGUGGUCGACGAUCUGUAGCCUGGGGAACAAAAUGUGGUUU